AAACAAAAAAUCAGUAUGUAAUUGCAUUUUCAUUUACGAAAUCAGUGUUUGUUCCCGGGUGUUGUGAGGAAGGAGAUAUUGGGAUUAUUUAACAAACGAAUUUCUGUCUUUAGAGAAGAAAAACGGCUCUGACAUUUCACAACCAAAACAUAUGCCUGAGAUCAAGAAAUAAUUCCCAGUGUGGCAUGAAUCUGCCAACUUCUUGCAUCAAUGGCGGCUGACAAUGCACGAUUCAAGAGAGGGGAAUCUGUAAAAUGGAUUCUUGGAAGUCCUGAGACUGAUAAUAUGAAUGAUGUCCCCAUACAUUCAGGGGCAUCCAGAGGGUUCAAUGGCCUAAGGUUUCUUGAUAGAUCAAUCACAGGGAAGGAAGCAGAUGCCUGGAAAACUAUUGAGAAACAUUUCAAUCAAAAUGCAGAAUCUGGGAAGCUUUACAGGGACAAAUUUGGGGCAUGCAUUGGAAUGGGAGACAGCAAGGAAUUUGCAGGUGAAUUGUUCGAUGCGUUAGCAAGGCGGAGGAAGAUUGUAUCAGAGAAUGGGAUUACUAUAGACGAAAUGCGAGAAUUUUGGGAAGACAUGACAGACCAAGAUCUCGAUACACGCCUCCACAUUUUCUUUGACAUGUGUGACAAGAAUGGUGAUGGAAAGCUAUCUGAAGAAGAGGUCAAAGAGGUUCUAGUGAUGAGUGCUUCUGCCAACAAAUUGUCGACUUUUAAACAAAAUGCGGAGUCCUAUGCUACUUUGAUCAUGGAAGAGCUAGAUCCUGAUCAUAAUGGAUACUUAGAGAUGUGGAAACUUGAAACUCUACUAAGAGAAAUUGUGGGGUCAAAAGAUGGGAGAGAGAACUACGUGAAAACGCAUACAUUGGCAAGAACCAUGAUCCCGAAACAAUAUAGGCAUCCGGUGAGCAAAUUCAUGUCCACAACAACAGAAAAGAUACACGAAAAGUGGAAACAAAUAUGGGUACUCACAUUGUGGGUGUGCAUCAAUAUGACACUCUUCGUUUGGAAGUUCAACCAAUUCAAGCACAGAGCGGAGUUCCAAAUCAUGGGCUAUUGUGUUUGCAUUGCCAAAGGUGCUGGGGAGACACUUAAAUUCAACAUGGCUCUCAUUCUCCUCCCUGUGUGCAGAAGAACACUGACCUCCCUUAGAGAAUCAUUCAUCAGUGCAAUAAUCCCGUUUGAUGACAACAUCAACUUCCACAAGAUAAUUGCCCUUGCAAUAGUGAUUGCAACUUUUGUUCAUGCAUCAAUGCACAUUAGUUGCAAUUUCUUUAGAAUGGUGUCAUGCCCUCAGAGUAAAUUCAUGGCAAUUCUUGGACAUCCUUUUGGAUAUCGCCAACCUACUUACCCUAACCUGGUUGCAUCAAUCCCAAGUUUAACAGGCAUUUUGAUGACUAUUUUGAUGGGUUUUAUCUUCACAUUGGCGACACAUUCUUUCAGAAGGAAUGUCAUCAAGCUUCCCCCACCCCUCCAUCAUUUAGCUGGUUUCAAUUCUUUUUGGUAUACACACCAUCUGUUGGUAGUAGUCUACAUUCUCCUUAUCCUCCACGGCUACUUUAUAUUCCUCACACAAGAAUGGUAUAAAAAGACGACAUGGAUGUAUAUCAUAGUACCUGUGUUAGCAUAUGCAGCUGAAAGAAUUUUCAUUGUGUAUGAAAAUAAAUAUGAUGUGGACAUCAUAAAGGCAGUGAUAUAUACAGGAAAUGUAUUAGCACUAUACAUGAGUAAGCCUCCAGCAUUCAAGUAUAAAAGCGGAAUGUACAUUUUUGUAAAAUGUUAUGAUAUAUCAAGCUUUGAAUGGCAUCCAUUCUCAAUCACUUCUGCACCGGAUGACAACUACCUAAGCGUCCAUAUACGUACACUUGGAGAUUGGACUACGGAGCUUAAAAGCAAAUUUGCAAAGGUUAUACAUAUGUUCUAGACAUGGAACACAAAUCUAGUGCAUGUUUGGUAUUUUGCUUAUCAGUUUUUCUACCAAACAUUAG